AACUUCUCCCUCGAAUUUUCCCCUCCACACUCCCGUUCACCGCCUCAACUUCCCCUCCUCAUCCACAGCGCAGCAGGAGCGCGCGGAAACCGGCGAGGGCGGCCCUCGCCGGAGGCAGCCGCGGGGGAGCUCGCGACCGCACCAACCUCCCUUCUCCUUCCACGCACCAGGCAGGCCCCCCUCUUCUUCCUGCUCAAGCCAACCAGCAGCAGUUAUCAGGACGUUGAAAAGCAUCAGGCUCGGGCAGUGCAGCCUGUCUCCAGCUUUGACCAGUUCAGUAUCUGCUCCUCUCAUCUCUACCUGACCUCAGCACCAAGCUCCUGCUUUGCCGCCGCUGGCCUUUGCGUGACGCACACAGACCUCACCUCAACACCGUGUGUCACGUCCAAAGCACGCGCACGGCGCACACGUCCGCCUUCAUCCCGUAGCUCCACCAAACAAGUACCACCUAAUCCAGCAAGGUGGGUGCAUGUCGAGCGCAGUGGUGAAUGGGCUGGCUGGCGCCGGCGGUGGCAUCAUCGCCCAGAUCAUCACCUACCCCCUCCAGACGGUGAACACCCGGCAGCAAACGGAGAGGUCGGCGAAAAAGAAGAAGGCUGGUGGCGCAGCCGCCACCAAUACUUCCACCCUCUUCCAGAUGCUGCAGCUGAUCCAAGCGGAAGGAUGGGGAGGGUUGUACAGCGGCCUCAAGCCCUCGCUUAUUGGCAGUGCUGCUUCACAGGGAAUCUAUUACUACUUUUACCAGAUUCUCAAAAACAAGGUGGAAGAUCUAGCAGUUGCUCGUGGUAAGAAGGGUCUAGGGGAUGGUACUGUUGGGAUGUUCUCCUGGCUUGGUAUUGCAGCUGUUGCUGGGUCAAUCAAUGUUCUUCUUACCAAUCCAAUAUGGGUUCUCGUGACACGUAUGCAGACGCAUACGCAAGCAGAAAAGAAGAUCAUGGAGUCCAAAAAGGAGCUUUUGCUGAAGGAUGUCUCUAGGGCCAAUUCUACAGAGGUCUCAAUUCUGAAGGAUAGGUUAUAUAAAAUUGAUUCUGAAAAGCCUCGUCCUUAUGGCACCAUUCUAGCGGUCCGGGAGGUCUACCGCGAAUCAGGCAUAAGAGGAUUCUGGAAAGGACUUAUUCCGACACUAAUUAUGGUAUGUAAUCCAUCAAUUCAGUUUAUGAUUUAUGAAACAUUGGCAAAGCGUCUCCGGUCAAAGAGAUCUGGAAAGGAACUCCCCAAAAAGAACCUUACUGCUAUGGAGGUAUUCUUAUUAGGUGCAAUAGCAAAACUGGGAGCCACUGUUGUGACAUACCCAUUGCUAGUGGUUAAGUCUAGGUUGCAAGCGAAACAGGAAAUUGGCAGGAAUGUGAUGUCCAGAUACACAGGUACAAUGGACGCGAUCAUAAAGAUGAUCCGCUAUGAAGGAUUUCACGGGUUCUACAAAGGAAUGGGUACGAAGAUUGUGCAAAGUGUUUUUGCUGCCUCGGUUCUUUUUAUGGUAAAAGAAGAGCUGGUCAAAUUCGUGGUUUUGUUAAUUGCUAGGAGUAGGACUCUGCUCGGUCCUAGCUCUAAGAAACGAUAGGCAGUGUUCUUUUCUCUCUCUCUUUUAUUGUCACGAUUUAUAACACCCUCUUCGAGACUGUAUAGUAUAUAUCAAUUCUUUACAGGAUAGAAAAUCCAAAAUGUAUCAAAAAUCAAUACAGAUACUUAUUUUCUUGCUCGUGCGUUUUACUUUUAUAUUCAAAAACGAAACAUUGACAGCCAACAGAAUGCAGAAUUUCCUUAUUUUUCACUACAACAAUUCAAUCCUUCAGUUGCACUCCUUGUUUCAUUGACACGUUGGAUUAUGACCCACGAUUUAGUUACAGAACGAAAGAAAAUGCAAGGUUGCCAAAAUGUGCAGUGGCGUAUGUGAAAUAUGUGAGCAGGUUCGUACCAAUUUCUCAGGUAUCACAUUUAUCAAUUGUUUACAUGAAAACCCAAAUGACUGAAAAUGCUUAUGCUUCUCUUCUUGCUGGUGCAUAUUCCGGAUUGCUAACACAUUUUUUCAGUUGGCUCCCUAAAUUUAUUACACGCCUACCACUGCUCAUAUACCAAAUGUGACAUUUGUUGCAUGUGCAGUACUGCGGAGGAUGCGAGUCCUUCCAUCCUGCCGGCCAUGGCCGCCUCGUCGCUGACGAGCUCCCCGUGGCUUAGAGCUGUGACGACGAUCCUGCAGAUGCAGGAGAGAAGAUUCAGAGAGUUGAGUCCAGAGAGAUACCAGUGCUCACCUCACUGCUCACUUGUUGGCCGGUUCAUGAGCAGAUUGUGAAAAGCCAAGAUGUCAUUGAUCGUCGAUGCUGCUGCCUGCUGGUGAUCUACUACUACGCCGAGAAGGAACUAUGCAGGUUCAGAUGAGAUCACCUCCGAUGCAGACUGAACCUCUGAACAUAUCACUGAAGAUCCUCGUCUCAUCUUGCAAGAAAUUCCAUUUGCAUUCAAUUCAAUGGGAGAACAGGUGUGGCUUGGGAGUGAAUAGAUAUCACAGUGCAGAGAUUCUGAAGCUGGUUUAAUUGCCAGAUUGUUCUUGGUGAUGACUGACAAAGAAGUGAAGAUCACUCGGUGUACUUAAUCAUAAGUUCAUAAAAAUAAAGUCUUAAAUCUGAUGGAACACUGGACCUGAACAAGGACAAGUAGCAAGAUUGCAUUUCUUUUUUUUCUGUCACAAGGGGGUACAAAGAGCUGGUAAAUGCACACAUGGAACUUGUGCAGCUGCCAUGGCCGUAUGCUGCUGCUGCUGCUGCUGCAACUCAACUCACAUUCUCACAAAGGUGUCACCGAUUCAUCAUCAAGGAUCACCACCUGCACCAGGUAUGACUGGAGAAUUAAGGCAGGGAGCAAAGUGGCCUAACCUUGGAACAGUUCUACUCCCUUCUCUCCUCUCCUCUCUUCUCCCAGCUAGUCAUAGUCAAAGUAUGUGUAUUUAAAAACGGUCACAUUUGUGCAGAUUCAGGAGAGAAAAUUCAAAGUUCAGAGAUGGUGUGCCAGUGCCAUUAAAGAAGUAUUUGCUGCUUCCUACGUCUAACCGUAUUUUGUUUUCUCAAAAUAAGUUUAUUUUUCAGAUAUAA